CCCGAGUCGAGUGCUUAUAAUACUGCUCUGAGUUUGAAGCAAUUGAGCGGACUUCGUAUUGAAUAUUUUCUUGUUACACUUAAUCUUUAGAUUUACGCCCGGCUAUCUUUGGAAUAUGUCCUCUUGAUGCCCUUUCCUUCUGUACAGUACAUACCCAAUGUAUUGGUCUGCCUCGUGCUUAGCUGGUAAAAUAACAUGGAGGUAACCCAUCCAUAUAUCGAGUCUCUCCACUCGCUUUAUUCUAUUUCUCGGUCCAAAGCUCUCCAGAUCAGCAGCCCUGUCUUUACUGAGCUAGAGUUGCUCUCCAAGUCUGUCGAUCCGUUAGUGUUGCGCGCAGGCGCAUUUGGGAUUGCCGCCUUGGUUGGGGUAAGCUGGGUGUUCAUUGCGCGAUGGCUUCGUGCACGCCAGCUCCAACGGUUUCAGAAGGAAGACGCCCAAUUCGAAGGCGACAUCUACCAGAAAAUGAACUAUAAGAAUGCCCAUCCGAUUUUGAAGCGCGUCUUCUUCCAGGAAUUCCCCUUCAGCGCCGGCUUCGGCACGCAAUGGGCCCUGGUCAAAUCGUAUGCCGUGCCUGCCGGGACCAAACUCCUCGUCAAGACCGGUCUUCUCGCGUGCCCGGCAACCGCUGGAAAGCGGGCAGAAGACACUGGCGCAAUCAUCGGCGAAUUGAUAGCGAACGGUUUGGACAGCGACCGGGCGCUGAAAGCGAAUGCCAAGAUGAACUGGCUUCAUCAACGGUACGGCACUAAGAUCACAAAUGGCGACACAAUCCACACUAUGGGCCUGUUUGUCCUAGAACCGAUCCGAUUCAUCGAGGAGAAAGAGUGGCGACCACUGAGUUAUGUUGAGAAAGUAGCCAUCUUCGUUUACUGGCGGGAACUCGUCCACCGCAUGGGUGCCCACGACGUUCCGGAGACCAUCGAGGGCCUCCAAGAAUGGAUGGAUGAGUGGGAGCCAAAGAACAUGUUCUAUGAUGAAUCGAACAAGCAAUGCGUUGACGCAACCUGGGCGCUUUUCCUGCGGGCGAUACCUGGUGCCUCUCUCGGGAUGCAUUCCUUCUUCAAGAAGUUUACCGCCACUUUCAUCCAACCGCAUGUCCGCCCUAUGCUCGGCAUGCCCGACCCCCCGAAAUGGAUUGAGGCUGCUACGGAUGGGGUCUUUGCCAUCCGCCGUUUCCUGACCAGGAACUUUUUGCUGGUUCGAACGCACGACAUCAUCGCUGAAGUCAUGGAGGAAAAGAACGGACGCAUAUAUCGAAAGAAGUUCCUGUUUGAGCCAUGGUAUGUCCCGGAGACAAUGCUCACGAAAAUCCUCUCCUACCUUCCAUUCGCGUCAAAGAACCUCCCUGGUCCACAGUUCAAGAGCAAUGGGUUUUCGCCGGAGGAGUUGGGGCCAUUGGAGUUUGAGGAGAAGUCUAGGGAGCCUGCGCUGAAGCAAGCUGAGGAGUUGAGGAAGUAUGCGAUGACGGGCGGAAGUCAGGCACAUGGAUGUCCGUUCGGAAAGCCGUUGAAGGAUCAGAGCCCAUGGUAUAGGCCGCCUCCGGGUGCGGAGCCUGUUGCCGCGUAGAUGUCACUUACCGAAAGACAUGAGGGUCAUGUACUGGCAGGUAGACUUGGAAGUCACGCCCGGAUUUUCAAUGCAACUACACGAGAAAUGUACAUAUAUUUACUUAAAUGUACGGAGAGAUGAAUCUCCUUGUACUUUGGCCGAACUCUCAUGUACUAGUAUGCCAAGAUUUAUG